AUGGCCGGCCCAGCGCCAGAAGCCAUCGCCAAGCUCGAGCUUGACAAAGAGACAGGGGAGAUGGUCUCGAAGAAUGAGCUCAAGAAAAGGAUCAAGAAGCGGGCCAAGAGGGAAGCGGCAGCAGCGGCGCGUGCGGAAGAAUUUGCGGGAGACAGAGCUCCAGAACCAAGUCCGACGACGGCAGCCCAGGAGAGCGUAGGCCCGCCCGAUCCGGACGUGGUGUUCGGGCAGGGCUGGCUGUCGGACAUUCUCAGGUUCGAUGACACGAAUCCUGGGAAGGAGGAGGGGAAGUAUUUCGUUGAGAUAGAGAAGACGAUCAAGUGGCUAGGCUUCGAGCCACCAGCCGUGACCUACACUAGCGACAACUUCCAGAGGCUAUACGAGCUUGCAGAGAAGCUGAUCGGGCUCGGAAACGCCUAUGUCUGCCACUGCAACAAAGUCGAGACCAGGAAGCAGAGGGGAGGCAAAGACGGCAAGGAAGGGCCGCGCUACCGCUGCGAACACGCAGGGCAGAGCGCCGACGUCAACCUACAGAAGUUCCGGGACAUGAGAGACGGCGCGUAUAAACAUGAAAGCGCCUUCCUCCGCAUGAAGCAGGAUAUGGACAAUCCAAACCCGCAGAUGUGGGAUCUCGUCGCGUACAGGAUCCCUCCUGCUGAUGAGGCUCAUCACUACCGCACCAAGGACAAGUGGAAGAUCUACCCAACAUAUGACUUUGCGCACUGCCUAUGCGACAGCUUCGAGGGUAUCACGCACAGCCUCUGCACCACCGAGUUUUCUCUAUCUAGGGAGAGUUAUGAGUGGCUCAUUGGCACCCUCGGUGUCUACGAGCCAAUGCAGCGAGAAUUCGGCAAGUCAGCUCCACUGUAG